AUGCAGCUGCAGGGACGAGUCAGGACCAAGACGGUGAAAAAGGCCGCCAGGGUCAUCAUCGAGAAAUACUACACCCGGCUGGGCAGCGACUUCCACACUAACAAGAGGGUGUGUGAGGAGAUCGCCAUCAUCCCCAGCAAGAAGCUCCGUAACAAGAUAGCCGGGUAUGUGACACAUCUGAUGAAGAGGAUCCAGAGGGGUCCCGUCAGAGGAAUCUCCAUCAAACUGCAGGAGGAGGAGAGGGAGAGGAGGGAUAACUACGUUCCAGAGGUCAGUGAACGCACCACCACGUGUCUGCAGGGUGAUCUCCUCUGCAGUGAGGCGAUCCUGCUGGUGUUGGAGGUGUCUGCUCUGGACCAGGAGCUGAUCGAAGUUGAUCCCGACACCAAGGAGAUGCUGAAGCUGCUGGACUUCGGCAGUCUGUCCAACCUGCAGGUCACCCAGCCCACCGUCGGCAUGAACUUCAAGCAGCCCCGAGGAGUUUAA